UUGUGCACAGGUCUGCAUGCACUAGAAUAUUCAUAUACAUAAAAUAAGUCUCUAAAGGAGACAUAUUAAGAUAUGGGUUUGCUUGGUUAGUCAUAACUUUGAGUUUUGCCAUUUUUUAGGGUAUGUGAGGUUAUUGGUGUCUACGAUGAAGGGAACUUGAGUGUCUUCAACGCAUGGACUUACUUAUUUAUAUUAAAUAACUUGUCAGAAUUCUUUGCCUUGUACUGCCUCUGGCUGUUUUAUGAAAUGCUGAAAGAAGAGCUCAGAGGUCUAAAACCUGUUGGCAAGUUUAUUUGCAUCAAACUGGUAGUCUGGCUCUCAUUCUUGCAAGCAGCAAUUAUAACUGUGUUGCUAAAAGUUGGAAUAAUUUCAGAGACACUUACGAAGGAAUGGCAAAGUCCUGAAGCUACGGCCAUAGGCCUGCAAGAUUUCAUCACCAGUGUUGAGAUGCUUUUUGCGGCAUUUGGAAACCAUUAUUUUUUUUCAUAUAAGCCUUAUAUAAAAGAAGGAGAGGAAGGCUCAUGCUUUGACUCCUUCCUAGCAAUGUUUGAUGUGUCUGAUGUCAAGCAUAAUAUUACCGAGGAUAUGAGAUAUUUCGGGAGAACUAUGCGAGGUUGUCCCAAAAAAGAUGUUGUCCUGAAAACCCAGAGCAUACUGAUCACACAAGUUGGCUUACCUCAUCACCACACAAUGAAGGUUCUCCAGGCUCAAAGACAUCCUUUCCCCAGGGCGAGUAUAGGGGCUUUGGACACGAAUACUCCCCAGAAUGCAGCUGUUGCAUUCCAUCUGGGUGAACAUGUCAGGAUUGACAUCCCAGAAGAGAAGGGCCCUCCUGACGGUUCAGGCAAAUAUCCAGACAUUAAAAAACAGCGUCUUCACAGGACAUGCUCUGGGUCCGCAGAUACACAUCUGCCAGGUUGUUUACAGGGAAAAGGGUAUGUGAGGUUAUUGGUGUCUACGAUGAAGGGAACUUGA